AUGGUGCUCUCAAUCCUCAUCGCUGCCAUCGUAGCCCCAGGUUUACUUGGCUCACAAGAAGCUGUCCGACAAUCGCAAUCUAAAGAGAAGAGAGAGGAGCACCGUGCCCGUCGCUGCAACCUCAUCGCAACAUGCGUCAAGUCAUCACAUCGCAGCCGAGAGAUAGACGGCCGCCAGGUCGUCUUGAGAAAUGGAAAGCUUUGGAUUGACACAGGCACUGAGGAUGGGAGCCCACUAGGCCAUCCUUACGCUGGAUACUACCUACCUUAUCCUGAUACUAAUCACGAAGGCCUUGUCACAACAAUCACAGACGUUGCACCGAUCAUGAACUGGGUGUACGUCGACAAAGAGACAGGGGAAGUCAAGUACGGUGUUCGCGCAGAUGCUCAACCAAACCUCACUGGUCCGUUCGAUUGCACGCGACAAGAUCGACGACUCACAUUCGAUGGCUGGGAAGGAUGGUGCGCGGUCGAAGAAGCGCCAGGCCUUUGGGGUCUUUACUUUGACCUCGGUGAUGACGGCCUAAAGUCAAGAGUCGCUCCUGGUACCAGGGUGUUGGAGAUCGAAUUGAGUAGAAAAGAGAAGAGGUUUCAAAAAGAGGCGGGCGCUCGAAAACAGGAUCAGACGACGAAAAGGGCCGUCGAUGCGAAAGAGGAUGCACCAGUCGAUCAGCCGCUGGCCGCAGAGGCACUGGUAUCGAAGCCGGGAGUGGUCGACAAGGAAGGAAGUCAAGGCAGUGAUAAGCAGGAGUCGUAUAGACCGAUGAAAAUACCGCAGUCUAUCUUUGAGGAUCCACCUCCUAUGGUAGAGUCAUUGGUGUUCAGACCUGCUACGCCGCCACCAGCAUAUUCUCCUACUGUAGAGGGAGGUCCGAGAACAUUGGACUCAACAUCAAAACCAAACGUAGGACCUGUUGAAACAUCUGGCAUGGGCCAGAUCAAGAACUCACCAGGAAUUGGAGGUUCUCUGCCUUCUAUCAUAACAGAACUUUUGCCUACCGAAGUGCAGUCAACGAGUGGUGAAGAGAGCGAAGUUAUUCUGAAGCAGGAUGUUGCACGGACUCAACCAGCCUCAAAUUCUAUCGAUGACAAGGAAAGUACACCAGAGAAGGCAGACUCCCGACCCGCUGAGCAGCAAUCCCCAUCUGUGAGCGAGAAGCGAACCACACCCAAGCUGAACAGAAGCAGUGGCUCACGAGCCCUAGCCCAGGCUCAGAAGUUCGAGGCUUUGGCAGCAGCUCAAAAGCCUGAUUCCAAUGUUCGAAGGCGAUCAAACGAACGUGGAUCUCGUGCUAAUAGUACUACUUCUUCCGUGUAUUCCAACGAAGGCGAGUCACUGAGCACGCCUGGGGUUAGCGUACAGCCUCAAGCCUCUCCAACACCGGCACCUUUAGCGCUGGCAAUCUCGAAAGCAAAUCAAGCGAAAGCAUUGGCAGCACGGUCGCAACCUUCAGAUCCUUCUAAUCAACGGCCUAUAACACCUCCACGUCAGCGAGCACCUUCUUUGCGAGAAGAUCCAGCCAUAUCGGGAGCUCAAACUACGGCAAGCUCCAAGCCGAUUGUAUCUCUACCACGUCGACCAAAUCCUUCCAGGUCAAGUCCCAGUCCAAGUGCGACCUCACAAAGAUCGACUUCCCGUCAAGCAACACAAACAUCUAGCCAAAAUCGCCAGCAGAGGGAACGCUCUGUCUCUGGGCUAUCGUCAUCUCCAUCGAGAGUCGAUACUUCUCGCUUGUCGCCCAGGUCUUCAUCCAUAACAUCUGGACGACAGUCCCUUGCUCGUACUAUGACGAGUGGAAAGGGCAACCAGGGCAUGAGCAACAGGAUCGGUGGAAGUCAGGGUAGGGUGAGUGGAACGUCCAGACAGCCUGCUACUGCUUCUAGAGGGAAUGGAAGAGAGAGGUCGGCGACUAACAGUGGGAGGAAGACUACGUCAGCAUUGUUCAGGGAGAUUGAUAAUCUGGUUAGUUUAGAAGGUCAAGAUGGGCAGGCGAAGAGAUGA